AUGGCGUCAUUAGCUUUGUGCUUAGUUUUAUUGGCAGUUCAUAAUAUUUUAGCAGCAGAACCCAGAAAUGAAGGGUUAAUGGAUAAGCUGAACAAUGGAAUGAAAUUUGCCAAAGACUUUUUGGGAUCAGAAUCAGUAGCUUUGAAAGUAGCAGAAUUUGUAGUACGUGCAUUUCAAGGUAAUAAAAAUCCUGAAACAAACAGAAGACACCCAUUGGAUGAUUUGAGCAACGAAAAUAAUGCUUAUGAAGAAAACACUGAGAAAAGUGGACCUCAUUCCGAAAUGAAUAAAACUCCAACUCCAAUGGCGCCCUUAAGACAUUUAGUUAAACUUUUUGGACUUCAACCAAACCAAAUAACUGCUGUGGCUGUCAAUGCACUCGUUUUUGUAGCACAAAUGAUUUCUACUUUUCUGUCGGGUCCCAAUCGUCCUUUAAAGCCGCGCUCUGACGAUCCUAUGACUUGGAUACUGAAUAAAAAUUCACGUAAAUUACAAGAGAUGAUUUCCGCUGCGAAAAAUGAAUCUUUACCGGACAACAUCGAACAUUUAAUUAAACGGCAAGGUUCUGAUGACGAAACGGGCUGCAUUCGUCUGUUGGUUUGUAAGAUUACUCCUUUUAUCGUGAGGAUGCAGGAGGCUGUUUUUGGUAACAACGGUCGCAACGAUAAAACUAAAUCGAAAGGAAAUGAGCAGCAAAGAAACGGAGUAGCUUCGGUAAUGUACCGCUAUCUACCGACGCAAGACGAAAUUAACGAACAUAGCGACAUCUGUGAACGACGUCACAGAGAUUGUAGCAUAGAAUAACAAUUUAUUAUUAUCAUUCGAGCACACUUAAGAUAAAAAUAAUUUUUGAUGUUACUUUAAUUUGAAUUUCCCUUUUGUUUUAAAAAUGAUCUUAAAUAUUUUUAAACGAAAGUAUGUCGAUUUGUGAGUCGGUUUAGCUUGAAGUUAAUUAGAGCGGUAGACAGUGGCCUGGCUGUGUUCCGAGCAUAGACCUAUAUAGUAGGGACACGACAUAUUGUUCUAUACGUACAAUUGCUUAUAUAAAUAGCACCCAUUUUGAAGGCACAUACAUAAACAUAUAUCUAUCUCGUUCUUACUCAGCACUUUAACUCGCAGGAAAACAAUAUAACAGUAUUUCAGUGCGUACAUAAAAUGAAACAUGAAUAUACGUAAAUAUCUCCGUCUCCGUCUAAUGAGGCCGAAAAUCCGCCAUGUUUAGCGCGCCAAAUGUCAUUGUCACGUCAGUUCGGCCGUCUGUUUUGGGUUGUACAUUAUUUAUUGACUAUGAUAUCGAUUUAAUACGAUUGAUUAUAUAAAAUUUCAUAAUUUAUCAUGCUUAAAACAUACAAAAAUAAUAACUAAAACGUAUUUUAUAGGAUCUCAAGAAAGUCGAUGUCCUAAAACUAUUAUCUAUAUGUAUUUAAAUUCAUUAUGGAGCCCUCAUCCGAAAAAUCCAUUUUUCGGUCGGAAUCUAUUGAUCAUGACACUAAUCAUAAAUACCACUUUAAAAUAUGUCAUCAAAACAUAUUUAGACAUUCUGUUUAGAUAUUUCGGGAAAAAGGCUACCGACAAAAUCUCUUCGGAACUAUUUAAAUAAAAUAGUUUUAUUCCACAGUGAGUAAAACACUAUUGUAAAUUUGUUAAAUUUUUAAUAAUUAAGUGAUUUUAGAGAGGAAGUCACAAGGAAUGACGUUUGUAAUUAAUGAAUAAAUGUUCUGUAGGUGUUUUUUUUUUCACGCGGUCCCUUGAUAAGUUUAAAAUUUGAAUCACUCUCAAGCGAAAGUGAUUCAAAUGGUGCGGCGCACCUUCCUUGGGGUGCGCUGCGGUAGUAUGUUACGGACUUUAGAGUCAGCAAAACAAUUAAAAUAGAUUGUAAUAGUCUAAGAAAAACACUUACUCAAAAUACGAUAACAUUUAGCAUGCUAGAAAUGGGCUGAUGGCUUUGAACUACGCCAUAUCUUUAUGUUUUGCGACAAACGACAACUUUAUAAAAUCAGUGUAGCAACUUUUAAAAAUCAUCAUAUCGUUUACUUGGCAAAUUCGAAGGACGAACUUGUCUUAGAUUUCACCCAUCUAAAUCAUAUCAUAUUUGCACAUAACAAUAUACCUACUUACUUCCCAUUAAAGUAUAAAUUCUACAAAUAAAUAAUACUCAACAAUAUUUAAAAUAAAAUGAGCCAAGAACGUUUAUCAAUAAAACCUGAUAACAUUGAAAUCUUUUGUACAGCACUAAAGCCGCCAUGUUUUGUGGCCAGAUGACGUCACAGUGGCACGAAAUUUUGGUUGACGUUUCAUUUCCAUAGGUUUCCUACUUCAUUGGUUCCGAGCAUUGCUGAUGUGCAUAAACGAGAAUACCUCCUUGCCUUAAUGUGAGCUGAUCGACUUCCUAUGAAGGCAAUCAAAACAAAAUAAAGUAAACAAAAGUUGCUAGAUUCAAAACUUAAAAACAUUAUUAUUUGUAGGUAUAACUUCUUAUACAUACUUUAAACGUAUAAAGCAGCGUUAGGAUUUCUUAUUUUCGUAUCGACCUAGCACAUUUUUUUCCCUACCUUUGCUGAUAGCCUUGAGAGGGUAUUUCAGCUUCGCGUUGACGUGUAGGUCAGCUCACGGAGCUUAAACCGGGAGUGUUGCUAACACUGGCCCUAGCAAGAGCAGUGCUUCGCAGAACCUACCACCAGAUCGGAAACGCGACCCACUGAGAAGAUCCGACGAGAAACUCUAUGGGUUAAUUUACUCGUCGCAAGCGACGGGUUCGGUGAAGACGAUGACCGGACCUAGCACUAAUAGAAGCGAAUCAUAAUCGCGCAGCCUCGACUUCUACAGCAAUGUUUCAUUAUUUCGCGAAAGUUUAGGAUAGGUGCGAAUUUCUUUUAUUUUUCAUAUUGUUUUGAUUACUUUAACUCACGAACAUUACAACGUUAGUCAGCACUAUCGUUCAAGAUAAUUCAGCAUUAAGCAAUUAUUUACAACAAAACGAAGAAGUACGGGUUCAGUAUAAAGUUAAGAAACCCACCCACCCCGUUUUUAGUGAAGUCAAUCUUUCUUGUGAAUACUAAUAAGUUUUUGUGAAUGCUAAUCAUCUUGUGGAAGCUAAUCAGAUUAGGAAUCAGCGAUAGAUUUCAAUUGGAAAAUAGUUAAGUGAGAAUUUAAACAUAGUGAAGCGGUCAGAAUGACAAAUUUAUACCUUCGAAUAAAUAAUCGUAGGUGUAGACAACUUCAUUCCUAAUAAGCACCUCGUAAGUCAUCAAAACGGGAUAAUAGCCAUAAUGAGAAAUACAUAUACUAUAUCUCAAGGUGUGUGGCGCAUUUACGUUGUAAAUGUCUAUGGGCUCCAGUAACCACUUAACACCAGGUGGGCUGUGAGCUCGUCCACACACCAAAGCAAUAAAAAAAAUGCAUAUUAAACUAAAUGAACUAAUCAUAAAAUAUACUAGUCGUUUAGACAAGUUAAUGUUUAGUGAACUCGCAAAGGAGGAGGUGACCGCGUCUCCUCGGGACCGCUGACCUCACGCGUCAUUUGAUUUUUAAUUAUCUUACAUUGCGCGCUACUCAAAACUUAAAACUUUGUGUGCAUACGCUUCCACCUUCCAUCUGAAUUUUCUGUAACAACUUCAGUAUAGGCUGCUUAGUAUCAACGGAAGCUAUUAUUAAAAAUAUCAGACGCAAUUAGUUUAAACACCGUGCCUAUAUAGCGAACAUGAGUCGUCUAUUAUCAAAGGUGGCAAUCUGUGCAUUUGGACAAAAAAAUGUUAUUGAUAUGUCAAUACAGAUUGAUUUGAAUAUAAUCGUCUCCUUCAAAGAAUACGGUUCAAAACCUGCAUUAAAUAAAGGUUAAUAGUGAACCUGUUAUUUAUCUAAGAUGUCGUUCCGAAGAGUUUUGUGACUGCCAAUGGAAUACAAAGUCAAUAAUUCGUUUUUCUGAUUUACCAAUCAUUGUCCAAAAGUCAGAUUGCCGGCUUUGAUAAUAGUCGACUCACAUGACUUUUGAAAAAAAACUUUACAAAUGUUUUACAAAAUAGCAACAACGAAAGCAAAACGCUUCUGACGUCUCUGAAAAUUUAUCGUUCUCAUUAACUUCAAUACGAAGACGAAAAGAAAGUGACCUAAAACAUAUAUUUGCAAAUAAAUAUAGGUAUAUAAAUUUGUAAGACGUAUGCUGUACAGUGGUUAGCGUCAUUUUCCCUGCGUCGCGGCGUUCAUGAGGAGAAAGUGAACGUGGGUUAAUGACCUCUCCCUGUUCCCCCGACACUCACACUUAACACUUUUAAAACGUGUCGCUAUCACUUCUUAUUGAUAUUGUAUACUCUUAAAAGGUACUCAUUAGGCUUUACAUUUUUUACUUGAUGAACCGUAUGGAAAUUAUCUAUAUAUUAAUACGCGAAGCAAAAACUUUGUACCCCCUUUUACGAAGAU